CACCGGCCUCCUCCUCCUUCUUCUCUUCCAUCAUGGCUCCCUCGUUAGACAGGCAAGGAUACUGGGGGCGGCCGACCUCAACGCUGGACUGGUGUGAAGAAAAUUAUGUCGUCUCUUUUUACAUCGCGGAAUUUUGGAACACUGUCAGCAACCUGAUUAUGAUUCUUCCUCCCAUUUGUGGGGCCAUACUGACGUUUCGUGAUGGACUUGAGUUUCGCUACGUCUGCUCCUUCCUCGGACUGGCAGCUGUUGGUGUUGGUUCCUGGUGCUUCCACAUGACGUUGCUAUAUGAGAUGCAGCUACUGGACGAGUUACCAAUGAUUUACAGCACAUGCGUCUUUGUCUACUGUCUAUAUGAAUGCUUCAAACAAGAGAACAACAUCAGCUUCAUUCCUAUUGCAUUAUUAUUAAUCUUCAGUGUCUCAGUCACUGUGGUAUACUUACAAUGGAAGGAGCCAGUUUUUCACCAGGUCAUGUAUGGUGCUCUAGUAGCUUGCCUAGUGAUGCGAUCUAUCUUCAUUGUUACAUGGGUGUACCCGUGGCUCAGACCGCUGUGUUACACCUCCUUAGGAGUCUUUCUGUUCGGGUUCCUACUGUGGAACAUUGACAAUAUCUUCUGUGACACGAUAAGAGCCAGUAGACAAACACUUCCCCCUGGUGUUGGAGUAGUAACACAGUUCCAUGCCUGGUGGCACAUCUUUACAGGCCUUGGCUCCUACCUGCACAUACUUCUCAGCUUGCAGAUCAGAGCAACCUACCUCAAGUACAGACCAAAAGUAAAGUUUCUCUGUGGAGUUUGGCCCACGCUGCACAUCGAACCGCAGAAGACAAGCUGAGAUGAAGUGACGUGGACCAACUUACGGAUGGUGACUGCCAUAUCCAGACACCAUCGGCACAGGGACCUGCUAACGCCCACUGCUGGGAACUCAGCCCACAGCUAGGGGGCAGGUGGAGCCCCCAAAGCACCUCUCCAGGGACCCUUUGGUUCUGCACUAAGGGGAUUUACUAAGUACAGUAUAGUACUGAGUCCAGUUUUAAGAAAUGGAAGAAUUUUUUCAUUAAUCAUAAUUUAUUAGACUAGCUUUUCUGUAAUUUUAUUGAAGUGUAAUACUUUUAUUUGCCUCAUUUUUAAUGCAAAUAUGAUGUGUCGUCCACUGCAGUGGUAAAUAUUGAAGGCGUUAUGGUUGUUAUUAGGGUUUGGGAAAACAGUGUCAUUGAUUGAGAAUUUACAUUAAUUUACAUUAUCAUAUUUAUUGUUGUAUGUUUAGAUAUUUGAAUCUCCUAAGCCUAAAUACAUAUAAAUAGAUCAGUAAAACAGGCGUAACUAGGACUUUUGUCUUGGUUACACUGCUUGUGUGUAGUUUAACAAGCAGCCGAGGGAGCUCUGCUUACAACACAGUAUUGUUGCUCCCCCUUUUCAAAGAGAAGUGUAUUGUCUCUGGGUGUAUUCACUACAAAUAAGAUGGUAACUGCCAGCUAGAAGGUGAAAGUGAUACUGCGUUGGUGUGACCCAGCUGUCUUGACGAGCAGAUCCUUCUAUUCUGUUUGUCCCCAGGCUUUAAUCUUUACCAGAAACUUUCCUAUCAAACAUGCCAACACUGGAAUUAUUCUUUUUUUUUUUUUUUCGUUGCCAAUGUUGCUCUGGGAUUGGUGUAAUGUGUGAAAUAUUUUAAUCUUUUACCUCGUUAUAAUCAAACAACAACUGUGACGCCUGUAGUUUUGUAAGGAAACCUCAUCACACUGAAUUAGAAUUUCGCUUACGACAGGGUUAAAUAUUUUCCCAGGAGCGCAAAGCGAGUUGGACCACUUUCCACAUCUCACGUUUCUGUGGACAGAGAAACUCUUUCUCACAGUCUUUUUAACGCGAUAGCUCUGUGAGGGACUAGAGUUUUAUAAGCCACGGCUCAAGCCCACAGGGUGGGUGUGUUACGUUUAAGAAACCCCUUUGUUGGGAUGUAACCAGCAUCAGACAGGUGUGAGCGGACACAAAUACUGCAAACACACAGAAAGAUCAUCAGCUCAACUCGCCCGUAAUCUUUCUCGAGCCACUAUCAGCGUGAAGAUCGUUGUGUACAGCACAGUUAGCCAUGAGGGCGGAUAGAUGAAACUCAGCUAAUAUAGACAACAUUUGAUAUUUGUAAUUAAACAUUCAGUCACCAAAUGAAUGAAUGGAACAUGUCUGAAUCAUUUUCAUAAGCUGCAGGGAAUCGGGUACAAGGUGCACUCAGUUCAAAGUAGGUUUUUGUCUCAGAAUGCUCAUGGUGGUUGAGUGCCCGCCCUUCUAAUGAGAAAAAUACUUCAUUUAAGCUCAGUGUAGAUGUCCCUUUAUCUACAGGUUCUUAAGAUCUAUCCCACAUUACUACAUUAUUUAUUAGUCCUUUGUACUUUCAGUUAUUUUCACCAUGACAGCAAGGUGAAGCGUCAGACGGCACAUACACACCUCGUGAGGAAGUAUUGUGAAACAGUGUAUGAUACAACCACUAGGUGGCAGAACUUUCCAGCUUGUUUCAGACAUUGCCAAGCGUACCAGUGUGCAUUGAAGAACUACUACCUACCUAAUGAAGGAACUUUGCCUCAGUUUUUUUUUUUUUUUUUCUUGUACUGGAGCCUGUGUUGUGAAAUGAAGGGCUUUUUUAUUUACACUGUUUGUUUUGCUGCUGUGAAGUCGUGGAUAUGUAACGGUAACAAUACAACCUGGAGCUCGGGGGCGGGGGGGUUAAUUGUGGUUAAAUAUAAGAUGCACAACGUUAUUGUACGGAGAUAUUUGUCUCCGUGUGGCCUCCUAAACUGCUGUGUGCUGGACAUCACACACUACAUUCAUGUUCUAUGUCGCUAACUCUCACAUGUUUGGGUAUAGACGUCGCGUGAUCCCAGUGUUACAAACAUUCAUGAGCACAAUGUAUGAAAGACAAGUAUUAACAUUGUUCAAAUGUCUGUGUGUUAUUAUCCUGAAAUCACUGCUCAUCAGUAGAGGUGAGCAGCCGUCAAAGAGGGUGCCUUAUUGUUAUUCCUGCAGUGUAAUCCGAGUUGCCUUGAUGUUCAUGAUAAACUGUUCAUAUUGUCCCCCGUCGUGUUGUGCGGUGCGCCCUUCCCCUGAUUAUAAGCAGUUAACAGCUUAUGAUGUCUUUGGCCUUCCAUUCAUUUCAUGUGUCCAACACUCUACUUACAGGUUGUUCUAAUGUUAAAUGUAGCUGUAAGUGAUCAUACUUAUGUGAUAAGGCCAGAAGAGAAAACUCUGCCAACAUGUUUGUUGAACUUUGGUCAUGUGCCAGUCUUUAAUGAUGUCUUGUAUUGUCAAAUAAAAGAAAAUGUGUCAAGACACCAAACUUUA